AUGGAUCAGGACACUCUCACAGUAGGGAGGACGUCCCAGCGCACUUAUCAAUGUCAUCAGGACAUUCUCACAGUAGGGAGGACGUCCCAGCGCACUUAUCAAUGUCAUCAGGACACUCUCACAGUAGGGAGGACGUCCCAGCGCACUUAUCAAUGUCAUCAGGACACUCUCACAGUAGGGAGGACGUCCCAGCGCACUUAUCAAUGUCGUCAGGACACUCUCACAUUAGGGAGGACGUCCCAGCGCACUUAUCAAUGUCAUCAGGACACUCUCACAGUAGGGAGGACGUCCCAGCGCACUUAUCAGUGUCAUCAGGACACUCUCACAUUAGGGAGGACGUCCCAGCACACUUAUCAAUGUCAUCAGGACACUCUCACACUCUACGACUCCAACGAGAGUGAAGAACAUUACAGACAGUACGACUCCAACGAGAGUGAAGAACAUUACGGACAGUACGACUCCAACGAGAGUGAAGAACAUUACGGACAGUACGACUCCAACGAGAGUGAAGAACAUUACGGACAGUACGACUCCAAGGAGAGUGAAGAACAUUACGGACAGUACGACUCCAACGAGAGUGAAGAACAUUACGGACAGUACGACUCCAAUGAGAGUGAAGAACAUUACGGACAGUACGACUCCAACGAGAGUGAAGAACAUUACGGACAGUACGACUCCAACGAGAGUGAAGAACAUUACGGACAGUACGACUCCAAUGAGAGUGAAGAACAUUACGGACAGUACGACUCCAACGAGAGUGAAGAACAUUACGGACAGUACGACUCCAACGAGAGUGAAGAACAUUACGGACAGUACGACUCCAACGAGAGUGAAGAACAUUACGGACAGUACGACUCCAACGAGAGUGAAGAACAUUACGGACAGUACGACUCCAAUGAGAGUGAAGAACAUUACGGACAGUACGACUCCAACGAGAGUGAAGAACAUUACGGACAGUACGACUCCAAUGAGAGUGAAGAACAUUACGGACAGUACGACUCCAACGAGAGUGAAGAACAUUACAGACAGUACGACUCCAACGAGAGUGAAGAACAUUACGGACAGUACGACUCCAACGAGACUGAUUAUUUAUCGAAGCAGCUGCUGUGGAAGUACAACCAUACCCAGCCCCGUGAGAUCCCAGUUUCAUCAUAUGUCAAUUACGACUCCAACGAGAGUGAAGAACAUUACGGACAGUACGACUCCAACGAGAGUGAAGAACAUUACGGACAGUACGACUCCAACGAGAGUGAAGAACAUUACGGACAGUACGACUCCAACGAGAGUGAAGAACAUUACGGAUAG